AUCUAAGCCAUUCUCAGAAACGCAGUCGUUUAUUGGUGAUGUCCCGUCUGACAACUGACGUUGCCCCCACGAACAACCAUUUUUUUAGAUUUAAAUAAAGAGCAGAAGACACGCCUCGCAGUUCCACCAACCCACUUGCUGAAGGCCUGAGGGAGCCGCUUGCAACUGAAAUCCAAAGCAAAGAAGAAAAAUUCUUGCGCAGAAAGAAAGAAGGCAAACGCAGGAAUGGCACUGGCUCUUCGCAGACUAUCCUCUUCUAUCAAGCCAAUUUCACCUUUCUUUAAUGGCGGUUCUUUAUAUUUCAUGUCCUCCUUGCCAAACGAAGCCAUACAGGAGAAAGAGAAAGCUCGUGCCACUUGGAUAAAGCAACUGAAUGCUCCACUCGAGGAAAUCGAUCCUGAAAUCGCCGACAUUAUCGAACUCGAGAAAGCAAGGCAAUGGAAAGGGCUUGAACUUAUACCUUCAGAGAACUUCACGUCAGUCUCAGUGAUGCAAGCUGUAGGCUCUGUAAUGACCAACAAAUACAGUGAAGGAUAUCCUGUUUCGUUUUCUUUCCAAUCUUUAAAUUUCACACGUGGAAGGUAUAUUGACAUGGCCGAGUCCUUGUGCCAAAAGCGUGCAUUAGAAGCUUUUCAAUUAGAUCCAGAGAAAUGGGGAGUCAACGUGCAGUCACUCUCAGGAUCCCCUGCCAACUUCCAAGCUUAUACUGCACUGUUGAAACCUCAUGAAAGAAUCAUGGCGCUUGAUCUACCUCAUGGUGACAAGCAAAAAGCAAUUAUGUUGGCUGAUAUGGCACACAUUAGUGGAUUGGUUGCUGCAGGUGUUAUUCCUUCUCCAUUUGAAUAUGCAGAUAUUGUGACAACGACAACGCACAAGUCACUUCGUGGUCCACGUGGGGCUAUGAUCUUCUUCAGGAAGGGUGUCAAAGAAGUCAACAAACAAGGGCAAGAAGUGAUGUAUGACUAUGAAGACAAAAUUAACCAGGCUGUUUUUCCGGGAUUGCAAGGUGGUCCACAUAAUCAUACUAUAGCCGGUUUGGCAGUUGCAUUAAAGCAGGUCAAGACACCUGAGUACAAGGCCUACCAGCAGCAAGUCCUCAGUAAUUGCUCAAAAUUUGCUCAGAGUUUGCUAGAGAAGGGGUACGAAUUAGUAUCUGGUGGAACUGACAACCAUUUAGUUUUGGUAAAUUUGAAAAACAAGGGCAUUGAUGGAUCAAGAGUGGAAAAAGUUUUGGAAUCUAUUCAUAUUGCAGCCAACAAAAAUACAGUUCCCGGGGAUGUGUCUGCCAUGGUUCCUGGUGGCAUCCGGAUGGGAACCCCAGCUCUCACAUCUAGGGGUUUUGUAGAGGAAGAUUUUGAGAGAGUAGCCGAUUUCUUUGAUGCAGCUGUGAAGUUGGCGUUGAAGAUCAAGGCUGAUGCCAAAGGAACAAAGUUAAAGGAUUUUGUAGCAACUUUACAGUCAAAUGUGCAAAUUCAAUCUGAUAUUGCAAAGCUUCGACACGAGGUUGAGGAGUAUGCAAAACAAUUUCCAACUAUUGGUUUUGAAAAAGAGACAAUGAAAUACAAGAACUAGACAGGACCCAUUAUGUACCUGUGGGGCAAGCUUAUGCAGAUAAUAUGAUGUCAAAUUGGGUCCUCAGUCAGUCUAUCACCUUCCAAGAGAGAAGAAAUAUAUAUUGCAAAGCCUUUGUAGCGGUAUAUUUACAGGGGAUGGAGGGAUUUUUUAUUUUUUGAAAUAAACAGGGGAUGGAGGGAUGAGACCACCUUUCUUCAAUCUGGUCCACUUGUUUUUUUCAAAAUAUUAAUAUCUAAAUGUAAUGUAUUAAUUAUUAUUCAGCAAUAUUUGAGCUAUGAUAUUAAUUGAAUUUCGUUUUCCUUGGCAA